UGUUUUCGGGCUAAACUCCGGGAACAGCCGGUAAUAGAUCUUCGUGUAUAAAUAUGCGAGCCCGGGGCCAAUUUUAGGAUCGUUUGCUAUCGCGCUAGGGUUUCUGCAGAGUACGAGGAUUCCCUCAGAAUCAACCAAGAUCUCGAGUGGAUAUUUGUUCUAGAAGAUAAAACCCUGACAUUUAAAGCAAUGGCUGGACGUCGAAACAACAAUGGAAAAAGAUCUUAUUCUCACUCUGAUCAUUCUGAAAAUGAACGAAGCAAGAGAAGAAAUCCUGGUGAAGAAAGAGACACCUACAUUCCUGGGCCUGAGGACUGUGUUUUCCGUUAUUUGUGUCCAGGAAAGAAGAUAGGAAGCAUCAUUGGGAGGGGUGGUGAGAUUGUGAAGCAAUUGAGAUCUGAAACACAAGCUAGAAUUAGAAUUGGGGACACUGUACGUGGUUGUGAUGAGCGUGCCAUAACCAUUUUUAGCACAGGGGAAGAAACAAAUACCCUUGAAGAUAUUGAUGAGAAAGUCUGUCCUGCACAAGAUGCUCUAUUCAAGGUCCAUGAUCGACUUGUUACUGAUGAUGUAGUGGGUGAUGAAGAUAAUGAUGGUGACAGUCCUCAAGUUACUGCUCGACUACUUGUGCCAUCUGAUCAGAUUGGGAGUAUCAUUGGGAAGGGAGGACAAAUCAUUCAAGGUAUUCGUAGUGAGACUGGUGCUCAAGUACGGAUUCUUAAGAAUGAUCGUCUCCCAGCUUGUGCCAUUAGUGGUGAUGAACUACUCCAGAUUAAUGGAGAAGCAUCAGUUGUGAAGAAGGCUCUUUUUCAAAUUUCAUCUCGUCUCCAUGGUAAUCCAUCCCGGUCACACCACCUUCUUUUUGCCACUUCACCCUCAGCGUUCCCUGGCACAAAUCAGUUUGGAGUCUCAAGCACUGCGGGUCCAGUAAUUGGUAUUGGCCCUUUGGUAGGUUCUUAUAGAGGUUAUAAAGGAGAAGCAACAGUAGACUGGCUUUACCCACCUGCUAGAGAUGAAGGUGCUGCCAAGGAGUUCAGCUUACGUCUCCUCUGUCCUUCUGCAAAUAUUGGAGGUGUAAUAGGAAAAAAUGGUGUUAUCAUUAACCAGAUAAGGCAGGAAUCCGGAGCAUCUGUUAAAGUAGAUAGUAACUCUGCUGAAGAUGACUGCAUAAUCACAAUUUCUGCUAAAGAGUUCUUCGAUGAUCCAAUCUCUCCUGCAAUAGAUGCUGCAGUCCGCUUGCAGCCCCGGUGUAGUGAAAAAGAAUCUGCUGAACCUUCAUAUACCACCCGCCUUCUAGUAUCCACAUCGCAGAUUGGUUGCUUGAUUGGUAAAGCAGGAUCAAUCAUCUCUGAGAUGAGGAGGACCACACGAGCAAAUAUACGGGUGCUUUCAAAAGAAAAUGUUCCAAAAGUUGCUUCUGAUGACGAUGAGAUGGUUCAGAUUAGUGGAGAGAUUGACAUUGCAAGAAAUGCUCUUGUUUGUGUGACAACUCGUCUGAAAGCCAAUUUGUUUGAAAGAAGAGAGAACACAUUAUCUACACAUGCCUCUUCUGCUCCUCACCAUCGUUUCCCUGCUGAUGCUUAUGAUGGGUCAAAAUAUUAUGGAGGUAGGGAUAGUAAGGUGCAUGGCCGUGGGUUUUCAGAUUCCAAAGGAUAUGGUACUUCCCGUGAUUUGCUGCCCUCCGAUGCUUUUGGAGAUUAUGGUGGUUCUCAGGGUGGUGGUAGCAGCUACAGUUCAUAUGAUGGAUACUCGCGUUAUGGUAGCACUGGGUUAUCGGGUCCUAACAGAUAUUCCCAUGGGAAACAUCAUGAUUAUUAAAACUUCAGUGAGUAGGACAGACAGGUAGAACAUCUUUUUUAUUUUUAUUUUUAAUUCUGGAAUGCACGAGGUGAUUUCCAACAUACUUUGGGAGCUUUGUUACUCUUUGAUGGCCCUAAAAACCUAUAAUAGACUUGUAAUGCAGCUAACCUUUUUCACCUUGGUUGCCUUGCUGUCCUAUUAAAACAGUUUAGGUCUGAGAAGCCUGGAGCCAGCCUAUAAAUGAAGCCUCGAGCCUAGACCAGAUGACCAGAUGUACAAGUCUGUCUCCUCCUACCUGCCCCUUUCUUUGCAUAACCAUUGGCCUAAGCUUGAAGCCCCCCUCCUAUCGAGCAUUGUUUUAGGGAUUACUUUGACUGUGUGUAUAUUGAAACUCCACUCUCCUCUGUUGGUGAUCACCGAGUAGUAUGCCAAAAUUUUAGAUGUUAUUUCUGAGAAUGGAUACCUUUUCUCGAAGGUGGCUACUGAACUGUAUAUUAUUGAUGUCCUAUGUCAACAUAUAGUUUUGCUUCCACUACUACCAUAUUGUCUGAGCAUUUAUUCUGUGUGAUUAGAUUAUUAGCUUACCUUUCUCCAUGUACCAUAUCUAGGAGAUUUAUAGAGAGAGCUGCAUAAAGUUGUGUUAAUUGCAUAUCAUGCUAGAUAUCCAUUAUUGCCUAUCCUGGUAUUUUAAAUCACACCAAUCAACCAGGUGAAUUACUUGUUUUGUUGGUGCAAUUUCUAGAUUAUAGUCGAUGCAUUUGUGACUCAUCUUAAGGCUCAGGCUAUUUAGUCAAUUCGCUUAUUGUUUGUCUUGUAUCUGACUGGUUUUACUUAUCUUGUACUGUAAUUUAUACUUUGAUCUGUUGUAAGUAAUUUGUACUGUUGAAAUUGAUGUAAUCUCUCUUGUUUGUUCCUUAAUUUAUUAUUGUGUUGUUUUAUUAAAAAAAAUUAUAUUGAAUCUCACGUGGCAUCCACGGUUUUUGUCCAUAGAUUUUGAUUCCUUUUACAAGUGGCUUGUCAAACAAAAAACCACUUGCCGCCCACAAUAAUGUUAAUGCAUGCAAAAUACCCCACACCAAAAAUAAACAAAUUAAGUACUCUGUAAAUCUAACUAUAAAUAACACUUCGAUGUCUCUCCAUUAUUAUCACUGAUUCCAAAAUCCUUCACCGAAAGAAAGCUCCUCAUGUUGUCACUGGGAGCCAGCUACGGCCACCUACACGUCCAACAAGAGCUUUUGAAGCAGAAGAUGAAGAGGAAGAAAAAGGAAAAGGAAAAGCAGAAGAAGAAGAAGAUAGAAGAGCAAAAGCAUAGUAAUAAUCCUUCGCUUAAAAACGAAGGAAAAGAGACGACAUUUCUAUCUUCUGUUUUUUUAAAGGAUCUUUCUGUUUUUCAGCUCUUUUUAAGAAACUGAAUUUGUGUUCAGGUAAUUUAGUCGCAGUUUGACUUUCCCAAUGUCUAGUCUGUCCGUGCAAACUAAUCUAAUCUAAUAAUAUAAAAAUAUUGAUGUUUGAGAA